AUGCCAGUUGCUGGAUCUUAUGUACCAUCUACUGGUAUUUCUUCUACCUCUCCUACAUAUUCAUCUCAAAAUCCAAACUUUCCAAAAAUCAUUGAAGAACCACAUAGUCAUCGUACAGAUUCGUUUAACAGGCAUCAUAAUACUGAACUCCUAAAAAUGGCAAAAUGGAAACAUUUUUAUUAUUGGAAUCCAGUGGAUAAUAAAUGGAGAAAUCACGAAAUUUUUAAAAAUUUUUCAUCAGAAGAAAUUGAAAAACAAAGUGCAAUUAGGGAAUUUAUUGGUACUGAAAAGAAUCACUGUGAGGUUCUAAUAUUAUUGAUCCAAUGUUAUCAUGUUAAUCUAAAAGAACAAAAAAUAUUUAUGAAUGAUGGAGAUGUUAAUUUAGUUACACAAAUAACGAUGAAUACUUUACUAGAUUUUCACUUAAAUUUUUUAUCCUCAUUGAAACAAAGAAUGGAAGAAAAUAUUUGUAUUAAGGAAAUUAGUGACAUCAUACUUGAACGUUUUUCUGAUCAAAAAGAUAUGUUUAAAGUUUUAGUUAGCUAUACAGAGUUAUGUUCAAGUUUGGAAGAAAUGAAACGCUUAUAUGAUGUAACAAUUAAAAAGAAUGCCAGAUUCAGCGCAUAUUGUGCUAGAUUAAAUAGUGAUCCUCAUUUCAAGGGAAGAGAUUACAAAAGCUGUUUAGAUUUACUAGCUCAGAGAUGCACUAAAUAUCCUUUGUUAUUGGAACGUAUUAUUAAACUUGAAAAAAAUAGUAAACUACUGGAGAGAGCCUCUGCAUCGGCUGUUGCAAUGAGAAAGUUUACCUCAACAAUUGAUGAAAAUUUGAAAAAGUGUGAACUCAACAGGGACUGGGAAUCAAUAAGACAAAAAAUUGAUAGAAAUGAUGUUGGUAUUUUUGAUGGACAACCAUUUACUCUUCAAGAUUUAAUUUAUCAAGAUCCCAAUGAUCCGAGAAAAGUUAACUGUAUAACACAGGCGUACUUUAAGCCUCGUGGUUCACAUAAUUCAAUAAAAUUAUUGGUUAUUUUGUUUGAUGACAUAAUUGUCUUAUUUGUUAUGAAACACAAUGGUAUGUAUUUUUUUAAUUUGGAUGAUCACCAAGCAGUAUACUGUAUCAAAAAAACAUCUCUUAGAUCCAUUGAAAGACGUGAUGCAUUCGCUUUAAUCUACAAUUGCCAGAUGCACAUGGAUAUGUUGACAAUAGAAUUUGAUUCAAAAAAUAAUAUGCUUACUUUGGAAAAAGUUUUCUCAGAAGCUAGAAGAAAAUUGGAGAAUACAGAAAAAAUGGAUGGUGGAAAUCGUGGCAUAUUAACGUAUAGAAGAUGUAGCGCAGCUAACAAAGGUACUUGUUAUGCAAAUUUUGAAGAUACAUUUGGUUUGGAUGCUGAAACUUUUAAGAGAUAUAAUUUAUGGUGGUCAAGAAUGGAAACAUUAUUUGAUGAUAAGAAGGCUGAUGAUUUGAUGAUGCUUAAAUAUAUUCAAGAUCGUACGGUAUGGUACAAAGAGCUGAAAAAUCACAUUGGUCAAAUGCCAUUUGCAACAAAUAAACAAAUUUCUAAAAAGACUAUUGAUGCAAUUAUUAGUAUGUUUAAUGAUUUGAAUAGAAUCAAAAUAUAUGAUAACGCUGAUUAUCUUGAAUGUAUUAAACAAUUAGAACUUGAAGAUUGUAAGCUACUUUUUGAUAGUUGGAAUAAUAUUUUUUCAAUGAAAGAUGAUUUUAGUGAUAGUUUGAAAGGAAAAACUGUUAAACGUGUUUCAACUUACAAUGGUGACGAAAAUAAACCAACAACAAAAGAAUUUUUAUUAAAUAAUCGUCGUCAUACAAUUGUUUUCAAUGCUCUUGAAAAUGACCUUAUAAAAGUUGAGCCAAAAUGUGAUUUCUCAUCAUUUGCCGCCAUCAGGGGUGAUGUAUCACGAAGAGCAACUGAAAAAUUAUUAAGUGAAAAUGCUUCACUGAGAGCUGAGGUAAUACGACUCCGAUCAAAUAUGGCUUCACUAACCACACAAAUUGAAUUAAUGAAAGAAUGCAAAAACUUUGACAUCUUUUUAUCUUCUGAAAAAUCUGAAGAUGCUUGUAAUAAGUCAAUAAAGGGUGAAAAAGAAAGUAUCAAUGGUGAAAAAUUUAACAUUAUGGGAAAAUGUUAUUGUGAUAAGGAUGAACAAUUGCAGAAAAAACUUGAGGUACGAGAAAAAGAACUUAAGAAAAAUCAUUUCAUUCGAAUUGAUAAUGAUCUGACAAAUCUUUCUGGAUGUAUUGUUUCUUCUGGAAAAGAGUUACCUGACACACCUGAUAGUAGUGACUUCUAUAACUUACCUGGUGCUGGAUGUUAUGCUACCAAAAUAAGUCAAACUGUUGAUUCUGGAAAAGAAGAAAAUGCAAUAUUUCAAUGGCCAAAACCAGUUAACAAGGAAGGGUCUCCAAAGGCAGAUUCAUUAUUUUCUAAAUCAGUUUCAAGAUCUAAAUCAUUCUUUUCUUUUCACAAUGACAAUAAACCUUCCAUUAGCCUAUCUGCCAGAUCAUCCUUUAAAAGCAAAGAAAACCCAUUUAAAGUUAAUGGCAAAAAAUAG